AUGGGCAAGAGGGGAGGUGCCGGAACGGAAUACAAGGACAAGCCUGCAGAACAGAAGAAGGAUGGUACUGUGGUCAAGUCUUACCAGCGAAUGCCCACCCAGCUGCUGCAGGAGUGGGCCCAGGGACAGAAGAGACCCAAGCCGGAGUACUCCUGGGCACGGCCCUUCGAGCGAGGGAAGUGCCGGUCGAAGGUCAUCCUACCAGAUGCCAAGGAUACGGCGAAGAGCCUUGAGUUCGAACCAAACCGCGACGCGGAGACGCCCUACGCCUCGCGCGAGGAGGCCGCCAUGGUGGCCUUGCUAAAGCUUUGCGCCAACCUUCCGCUGGAGAGGAAGCUCCCAGACGGCUACCGGGAAACGUGGCUGGCAGCAAUCUCUGGAGGCGCCACGGAAGCGAAAGCGAAGGCGAAAGCAACGCCGAAGGGAAAAGCAAAGUCCGAUCCUCCAAAGCCUUCUGACGACUCGGGCUACCCGGGAGACGCGGAGGGCGGAGGCCAGUGGUCAGCACAAGGACCGUUGGGUGCCAUGCAUAGCCACACCUCCAAAGCGGAGCGUGACAAAGAGCGGCGAGAGAAGCAGGAGGCCCGGGCGCAACAGCAGAACCGGAGGCAGGCCAUGGAGGAUGUGAAAAGGCUUGCCAACAUGAAAGCCCGCGUUCUGCUCGCCAGGCCUCUUGGGCUUUACUGUAGACCCUGGGUUGUGAGCGUGAUGAAGCUUCAGGAAGGCCAAAUCACGGGAUCGAAGCAGCUAAAGGGCCUGAAGAACAGCCUCCCGGACAAGCUUUGGUCAGAGUCGGAGAAGUCUGCCACGCCUCAGUUGACGCCAGAGAUUAUCGAUGCUUUGAGGCGUAAGGUGCUGCAGGCCAGCUUCUUCAUGGCGGACAAGGACUGUGACAAUCAGUUAUCCAAAGCAGAGUUUAUGCUAAUGGUCCGCCGCGGAGACCCUUACAUGCAGCAAAAAGAAAUCGAGAAGAGCUUCAUCCUCGCCACCCUCGGAAAUGGUGCCGUCAGCUUCGACGCAUUUGCUGCGUGGGUUUCCCUGAGGGACUACCAAGAGGAGGCGCAUGCUCUUAUCGACCCAUUGAAGGUAGUGUGGCACCUGUGGAAUCUGGACGGCGACGACUCGCUCAGCAUUCCAGAGUUCGAGCACUGCAUUAAACAGGCUUUCCCGAAGAUGAAGAGAAUAGAGCUGCUGCGCAUCAUUCGUGCGAUAGACGAAGACUUCAGUGGCGUAGUGACUCAAGAAGAGUUUGGACUCUUCAUUUGUCCACCGGAGGCUUAG